AUGUUGGGGCAGAAGAAGCACUUUUUGCGCCAGCGGCAAAAAGAGGUUGUGCGAGCGAUGAUCGCCUCCGCCGUUCCGCUGACGCCGGCAGGGGUGCCGCAGCCUGGUGGAGGUGAAACCCCAAAUGUCGCGGCAUGGCGCCUUCUCAUCUACGACGAUAUCGGGCGCGACGUCAUCGCCCCUCUGCUGCGGGUGGGCGACCUGCGGGAGUUGGGCAUCACGCUGCACAUGCACAUCAACUCCAAACGCGACCCCGUGCCUGGCGCCCCUGCCAUUUACUUUUGCUCUCCAACCGACGAGAACAUUCGCACCAUUGCCGCCGAUGCGGUGAACGAGCUGUAUGAAUGGGUGUACGUCAACUUCAGCUCGCAGGUGUCGCGAGGUGGGCUUGAGAUGCUUGCGGAAGGCUUUACCCGUGGGAAACUCCAGAGCAUUCAACACAUUCACGUUUUUGACCGCACAUUGAACUACGUUGCUUUAGAGGAUGAUCUCUUUGUGUUGAUGCAGGAAAACUCCAUGGUGACCUUAAACAGUCGUCACGCGAAGGAUGCGGAGGUGGAGGCGCACUUAAAUGCCUUGGUACUAGGCAUCUCCCACGUCCUGCUGUCGCAACAGGUGCUUCCAGUUAUUGCGCAUAGUAAAACGGGGGCAGCAGAGGAAGUUGCACGACGGCUCGCCGUCUGCCUUAAUGAUCAUAUGAACGAACGUACGCUGGUACCAGCGGCUUCCACCGUGCUUGGUCGACCUCUGCUGCUCAUCGUAGAUCGCUGCAGUGACCUUGCGACCGUGCUGCAUCACCCCUUUUCCUACCGCGGGUUGUUGGUGGAGGUGGGGGACAUGCACCUAAACAAGGUCACCGUGCAUGAGGAGGAUGGGAAGGAGACUGCGUUCGAGAUUGAUCCUGACCGGGACGAGUUUUACGAGGCCAAUGCCAUUCUGGACUUCAGUGCGGUUGGAGGGAACAUUGAGGCGGCGUUGAGGCAGUACCGUGAAGAGUACGCCGCUCUUUCAGAGACGGCGUGCGGCGGAGAGGACGACACGGAUGCUAACGCCAUGUCAAAACUGUUGGCAAGUGCCCCCAAACUUGGGGAGAAGAAGCGCAUGUUGGACGCCCACACCAAAAUGGCCUACAGCUUCCUGCACUACAUCCGCAAAAGCCACCUUGACCGGUUUCACGGUGUGGAAUUAGAAAUCAUUAAGCGUGAGGGUCUUGACAAGGAGGAGUUUGAGAAACUUAUCUUGACGGGUUUGGGAACGCUGGAGGACCGGCAGCGCCUCUACCUUAUUGCCUACCUGCUAGACACAGAGGGGGAGUAUGAGGCGGUGCUGCAGCGAUGUGCGUCGGUCUUUGAGGAAGCACCGUUUCCUGCCCUAGCCUACAUCAGACACCUACGCAAUUGGUCAAUGAACUCGGCGAGCCCGACAAACGUGGAGUCGAGUGCCGCGCAAGGCUUCGCCUGGGGCCUGGCGCAGACGUUGGCCAAGAACAUCGCUAGUACGCUUGGCGCCAACACCAAGUCGGAGUUGCCGCUCACGAAACUUGUAGAUGCGCUCUUGCAGGAUCCAGCAAUGUCGCCCAGGGGCGGUGCCACCGCCCGAACGAUGGGUGGAGGCAGCACGCUCCGCGCAAAGCUGUUGGAGACGGUCGUCGGGUACGACCCACGGACGCGGAAGCCGGUGGACCUGACGGAAACACACUUUUCGCAGGCCAUUGUCUUCACCAUCGGGGGUGGUUGCGUCGCGGAGUACGAUGACCUGAAAACAUGGGAGGCUGGACACCCGAGGAAGGCGGUAAGCUACGGAUGCACCGCGUUGCUGACCGGCAAUAAGGCGCUUCGUCAGCUUUCGUUGCUGGGCGAAGGGACGGCGUGA